UAUGACUCUAUAUCAGUUUCACCGCUCAUAACUUACCACCAUCUCUCAACAAACCUUUCCCAUCAAUCACUCAAUCCACUAAAUACAUAAUCAUGCAUUGAAAAAUACCACCUAGUUACCUUAACUAAUAUCAACCUCGAUCUAGGCAUCAACCGGUGGCCUCCUGCUCCUGCUCAUCCCCUGCUCCCCGUUAUCCUAUCCUCCCCUCGUUACCAUGGACUCCUCUGUCGACUCCCUCACAAAUGGCGAUGGAUCUUCAAAUGGAUUCACUACCCCCACUAGCCCCAGACGCUCCGGUUUGGCCAUGACCGAAUACGCCGCAAUGCCCACCCCUCCAUCUGAACGAUCAGAUCUUCCAUCCUACGACGUCCCUCCAGAUUUCCUUCUCCCCUCCGGUUAUCCAGACUAUCUUCGCCUCAUUCUGACUUCUCGAGUCUACGAUGUUGUCCAAGAAAGCCCCCUCUCUCAUGCCAUCAACCUCUCCAACCGUUUAGAAUCAAAAGUCCUGCUCAAGCGAGAAGAUCUUUUGCCAGUCUUCUCCUUCAAGUUAAGAGGUGCCUACAACAAAAUGGCACACCUGCCACCCCAUGUCAGCUGGAAAGGUGUCAUUGCAUGUUCGGCUGGGAAUCAUGCCCAAGGUGUAGCCUACUCUGCUCGCCAUCUCAAGAUCCCUGCCACUAUUGUCAUGCCGCAGGGCACCCCUGCUAUCAAGCAUAUGAACGUCAGCCGUAUGGGCGGUAGUGUCGUCCUCCAUGGUCCAGACUUCGAUGCUGCAAAAGCUCACUGUCAUGUCCUAGAGAAACAGUACGGGUUAACCAAUAUCCCCCCAUUCGACGAUCCCUAUGUCAUUGCUGGCCAAGGCACCAUUGGUUUGGAACUUCUGAGACAGACUUCUCUCCAAAAACUACAAGCCAUCUUCUGUUGCGUCGGUGGUGGAGGUCUCAUCGCCGGCAUAGGCGUCUACGUCAAGCGCAUUGCCCCUCAUGUCAAAAUUAUCGGCGUCGAAGCCUCAGAUGCCAAUGCCCUGGUGGAGUCCCUCAAAGUGGGCAAGAGAGUCUUGCUCAAAGAAGUCGGCUUGUUCGCAGACGGCGCUGCCGUCAAGACUGUUGGAGAGGAGACCUUUAGGCUCUGUCAGGAGGUUGUUGACGAAGUGGUCCAAGUCAGCACCGACGAAAUAUGUGCCGCCAUCAAAGAUGUCUUUGAAGACACUCGAUCGGUCCUCGAACCUGCCGGCGCUCUUUCUCUCGCCGGCUUGAAGAAGUGGGUGGCCAAGAACCCAUCAUCAGACCCCAGCAGAGAACUUGUCGCUGUUGCCAGUGGCGCCAACAUGAACUUUGAUCGUCUCCGCUUCGUUGCUGAAAGAGCCACCAUUGGUGAACAGAAAGAGGCCUUGCUCGCCGUCACCAUCCCUGAGCGUGCCGGCACUUUUGUUCGCCUGGUAGAAGCCGUCCUGCCCCAAGCCAUCACCGAAUUUUCCUAUCGAUAUGCCUCGCCCGAUUACGCCCAUGUGCUCAUGGGCCUGUCAAUAUCGUCUGCCGCCGCCAGAAACAAAGAGCUUGCCUCGUUGUUUGAACGACUAGCUGCAGGCGAUAUGGUCGCAAAGGACCUCUCUAAUGAUGAACUCGCAAAGACCCACUUGCGCUACCUCGCUGGUGGACGAUCUGGCGUUGCCAAUGAGAGGCUCUACACUUUUGAAUUCCCUGAACGGCCGGGCGCCCUGUUCAAGUUCCUGCAGACUCUACGACCAGGACAGAGUCUGUCUCUGUUUCACUACCGCAACUAUGGUGGAGAUGUGGCCAGGAUCCUGUGCGGAAUUCAGUGUCCCGAUGCUGAGUUGGAGAAGCUGGAAGGCUUUCUCAAGGAAAUUGGGUACCCAUUCCAGGAGUGUACGGACAGUGAGACGUACAAAAUGUUCCUUCGUGAUUAGUGCCAUGGAAGUCGCUGUCAAGGGUUGAGAGCCCUAUCCUUUUCAAUAGAUACCCGCAGGUGGCAACACUCGAACAAGUUGCCUUUAAUCUACAAUUGAACAAAAGUUCUAUGACCUGGACUGUAGCCUCGUCAAUUGGACUAUCA